AAUUUCCAACAGUAACAACUCGUUGAAAUAACAUAGAAUGAAGCAGUAGCAGGAUCUACAAGAAAAUAAAUUACGCUACACUGACGAUUUUACCGGUUAAGAUAGUAUCCCUUAUCGAGAUCAUCAUGUGUAUUCGUGUGUAAAUAAUGUUAUGGCCAGCAAGCAAUCUACCGUGUUGCCGUUCGUGUACAUAGUCUGACAAACUUAGUUAUAGGUAGAUAGGUUCUGUGGUAUCAAAUAGAGGGUGAAAAAGGUUGAUUGCUUGUUGUGAAACCAUUCUUGGCCAGAGUGAAAGUGCGAACGGGGAGAAAAUACCGGUGAAAUUAUACCAACGUGCCACAGUCCAUAAGCAACGAAUCAAAGCUUAUCCACCAGAAGCUCUCUGCUGGGAACAACGCCAAACUGCUAACAGGAAAGAUGAUCAACAAAUGCUACCUGGUAGUUCCGCUGCUCAGUCUGCUGGCCGGAUACGCAGCUGGCAUUGAGGAGGACUGCGUAGACUUUCAGGGCAACUCAGUGGCUCACGGUCUCCUGUACGUACCCGGACCGGGUGUAUGCAGCUUAUGUGUAUGUUACCAUUCAGAGCCUCUCUGGUGCAAAGCAAUCUACUGUGAUCCACCCUACUUUUGUAAAAAGUUUCGUGUGGGAGAACGAUGCUGUGAAUUCGAGUGUUUAGAUCCACCCGGAGAAGAUGAAAUGUAUCAGGCUCGCCUUCGUAAGCGCGCGGAAAUCCUUGCUGGCAACAGUGCCAACCAUCCGCUAAAGACGUCCAGUGCAGUGCAUCGCCUGCUGGGAGCAACAGCCCUACUGGUGACGCUGUCGUUUAGUAUAAGAAACCGACUGUUCCUUUCUUAGCUUUACCGCAAUCCGUAAUCUUACGUGCACAGAUUUUUUAAAAAAAUACACGCAAUUUUCAAACUGAUAUUUUUUCCAAACUAAGAGUGACUAGUGAAAUGGAAAAAACAUAAUUCGCGGAAUAGUAGAUGACAUCAAGAGCAAACCAACUUUUAACGAUAAUAAUUAAAAUUAGGAUUUAUACACCUUGAAACGAGAAUACCAAAUAGGAGGCAGUACAGCCAGCAGUAGAACUUGAUAGGCCGCAUUUUUAACUGAAAACAACAGCAAAAGAGAUAAAAAAACAGUUUGAUGGAAACACAACCUAUUCAUAACUUUGUUCAAACCCAACUUGUUAUUAGUCUCUCUAAUUCCACGAAAAAAUCUAUCGUUAUCAACCCAAGAUAGCAAAACUACAACGGAUCGUUCUUCGUUAAAUAUUGUAGUUAGUUAUUUUGUCAUGAACCUGCAACAUCUGCUUUUUAAGAUUCAAUAUUUCUAUACGUAGGGUUUUCUAGAUAACAUUUGAACUGCAACCAAAAGACAGUUACAGCAUAGUGCAUUCGCUUACCUACUGGCAACUUUAUCAGAACAUCGUACUACCGGAUAUACCAAACGAACGUAAUAAGUUACAACUGACGAUUACAACUGUUUGCACUUGGAAGCAGUUUGAUCGGCGCUAGCGCUAACGAAGGACAGGGUAGGAAGUACUAGAUAAAGUGAUACUAGCUGAAGUAAGUUUCGACCAAGUUUAUUGAUUUAUUUACUUAUUUCAUUCGUAAUUUUUUAAGCUUUCGCUAUCGCUUUCUUUCUCGCUCGAAAGAUGAACGUGCAAACUUUUCUGGCUGGUGGCUUUUGACCGUGAAAUUGAGCGUAUCGAUGUGCGGAACGUGGACGGUUGGGAGCCGUUGAGGGAAAAAUGGAAAUCAAGUUUCUUUGUGUACCAUCCUUCGUACUCUCAUAAUUCUGGAGUGCUUUAGGAUGAAUUAUGCAUGCAAACUACGCUUAACAGAAGAUAUUAUGCUUAAUUACCAUACGAUAAGAUCUCUUGAUUUAAUAAAAACAUUUAUUUAUAUAUCGGGAACCUUCCCCCGAUAUAAAAUAAGCCAAUGGCGAUGGAUUUUCAUCCAAUUCUCGACCAUGCACUUAUUCGCAGUUAAGGAUCAUCAAAGAGGAUAAUCUCUUAUUAUGAGGCAAUUAAUAUAGCACACAGGGAAUGAUUCUGUAUCUACUUUUCAAACUGCUGGUGAAGGGAAAUAGGUAUUAUGACCAGUACGGUUGAUUUUUGCGGUUUUCAAACCAUCGAUUAAAUGGAAAAAGGAUUGAUAACAAUGUUUGCCUUUCGAUUUCAUUUUGGGUUGGAUGCCGAUUUUAAUCACUACAUGUGCCCAAUUUCGUUAGUCUUCAUAACUGCAACAAACCAUGAAAUAGGUAAAUUGGUAACAGACCAUCGUGCGUCUCCAUGAUUUAACUUUCGAUGCAGACGCUAGGUAUUUUUCUUAUUACUGCUGAUUGGUUCCCUGUUCUCUGCUUAAUAACUUGCCGGCCCCUCUUCUAUUUCUGGUAUUUCCUUGUAUCUUUCAAUCAUAAACGAAUUUAAGAAUCUCGUUAGCGUCGCUUUGUUCUUUUACCAAUAUUGCUUUUAAGAUUGACCUUUGUCAAUUUGUUUCGGACUUUUCGUCGUCCUCAGCGUAUUCCAGCCAUGUCUGGCAGCAGUUAUAACCUAUUUGCUCGCACUGGGUGCUUGACCUUCAUGUAAAUAUUUUUUUCAACCCCAGAAAAGGGUAUAAUGUAAACUGUAUAAUGAAUAGCCUAAAAAACAUCAAGGAUCAAAUUGACCGAUUUGUGAGCAAACGUGGCGUUUACAAAAGUCAACGGCGCAAUAAAUCUAUAAAAGACUUCAAAUGUUAAU